AUGGCAAACGCCAUUGAGCGCCGACGCAGAGGGGUAGGCAAUGCGCAUUCUAUGCGGAGCAGGAUGGCUUUGGCGCGAGCAGGAAAGCGCAAUCGGCAACUUCAAAGGAUAUUUCCCAAGAAGUUCAAUACCACUAGGAAGAAGAUCGAUGCCUUCAACAUGGACCAGGCCGUGAGACGCACCGACACCAUCGACAUUGAGGGCAGCGCGAUCCGAAAAAUCCGGGGCCGAGGACAAUACAAGACUUGGACGAGCAGAACGAUUCUUCGAGCAGCGCUAGGCAGAUCCGUCAAGGGAAUGCUAUCCGAGACCAACAAGACCACAAUCAGGAUACGGAAGCGCAUGCCGCGAUUGAAAUCAAAGUUACCAGUUGUGUUUUCACUUAACUCCGUGGCAUACUGGAUGGGCGGCAGUCCUGACACUGUGUCCAAGGCUCAGAAGUCAGUUGCCAACGUCUACUUGACUAAACAAAAGGACAUUGUCACUCAGAUGUUGAAUCACCCUCAGGAGUUUUCAUCGAUCGGCUUGCAUCUGGAAUUCGACGAGACCGGUCAGAAGAUGCAGGUCAGAUCGGAUCUUUGUUCCACCACGACAACAAUGGCUGUGCUAGUCUCAAGGACUACGAUCUUCGCUACCAAAGCAGGAGGUCGGACUACGCGAUUGACCAUUGUGAACCCUCCAGCCGUAUUGCGACGGAAGGCGGCAAAGUCUUUAUGGAAAGGCAUUGUCGCAAAGCAGCCCGUUGAACCCUUCAGUUUGGCGGCUUCUUGUGAUUUAACGGUGGCAACCUUCGUAUGCGAUUCUGCCACAGCGAAUCAGCUCAUGGUUACUCUUGUUGGACAGUCUUCUCCUGCAAAUGCUUUGGUUGCUGGCCAAGAAGGCACGAAGUCAAUCAUUGUUCGGAAGUGGCUCUCAAGAAGCAUGUUUCUAGACCUGCUCCUACAUGCACGUUCUGUGCUGAAUGCAAGAUUGGUGAUCUCCUAUGCGCCGUGA